GAUACGCACCGCAAUUACGCACUGCCGCCGAUUGACGACCGUUGGCGGAACCCGAUGACUGAAGCGUUAAUUACGCAGCCAUGCCAAACGAUUACAAUUUAAUUAAUUGCUUGUGAUGUGCGCUCCAUGGGCAGUAUUUUUAUGGGCUCGUGCUGGUUAUCCGCUUCCGCUCGACCGAACGCCGUAGCGCUUGUCGACGGGAGAAAUCGAACUGAUUAACGGCGGCGGUGGCACGCAGCAGGGAGCCAGGAUCUGCGAGCUUUCCAGUGAACAGCAGUGAGCUUUCGUUCCUAUGUGUAUGUGUACGUGUGCGUUUGGUGUGAAAAAGUGUCGUGAAAAGAAAAAGCAAACACUCCCCAAUCAGUGCUGCUGUGGCUCUAGUGUUAGGAAAUAGGCUAAACGGCGUUUCGGACCAUCGAUAUUCAGUAUGUCGCUGUUCACAUCGAAUAACACGCGGCCGCGGUCGCUCAUGGAGGCGCUGCUGGCAAAGAAGAUCGAAGCGGCGUCGCAGCAGACCGGUCCAGGCGGAUCGCGGCUCAUCCGGACGGAUUCGAUGGACUCGAGCAGCAGCAUCGGUUCGCUAGGGUCGCUCAUUUUGGGCGAAGAUGUGUGCCACUGUGACGACUGUCUGCUCGGCAUUGUCGACCUGUACACUAUUGGUCCGAAGGAAACCGCGAGUGGCAUCAAAAAGCCUUCCGGGUGGCGCAAGUUGCGCAACAUCGUCCAGUGGACUCCGUUCUUUCAGACGUACAAGAAGCAGCGGUACCCGUGGGUUCAGCUAGCCGGGCAUCAGGGGAACUUCAAGGCGGGCCCCGACCAAGGGACGGUUUUGAAAAAGCUGUGCCCCAAAGAGGAAAAGUGCUUUAAGGUUCUGAUGAAGGAUGUCUUGAGACCCUACGUCCCGGAGUACAAGGGUCAGGUGAACAGCGAAGAUGGAGAAUCUACCUAUAUACAGCUCCAGGAUCUACUCAGUGACUUUUAUCAACCGUGCGUGAUGGAUUGCAAGAUAGGCGUUAGGACCUAUCUGGAAGAAGAACUGUCGAAAGCCAAAGAGAAGCCGAAAUUGCGGAAGGAUAUGUACGAGAAAAUGAUACAAAUCGAUCAGAACGCCCCCACCGAGGAGGAGCACCGUGCGAAGGGUGUCACGAAGCCACGCUACAUGGUAUGGCGGGAGACGAUUUCCAGCACCUCGACGCUCGGAUUUCGAAUAGAGGGCAUUAAAAAGAGUGAUGGAACAAGCUCAAAGGAUUUUAAAACAACUAAAUCUCGCGACCAGAUCUGCGAUGCUUUUCGUGAAUUCACCGAAGGAUUUCCACAUGCAAUGCCCAAGUAUAUCCAACGGUUGAAGGCAAUCCGAGCGACGCUGGAGUACUCGGAAUUUUUCAAAGGACACGAAGUAAUAGGCAGCUCGCUGUUGUUUGUACACGACCGGCACAAGGCGAGCGUAUGGUUGAUCGAUUUCGCGAAGACUGUUAACCUGCCGGAGAACGUCACCAUCACGCAUGACAGCAAGUGGAAGGUGGGCAAUCACGAGGAUGGCUACCUGAUCGGCAUCAACAAUCUGAUCGAGAUCUUCAGUGAAGUGCACGAUCGUCAGACGAUGCAAACAUUAACCGAUCGAAUACCGCGGCUAUCGCUUCCGGACGAUUCCAAUGGCAUGUGUGCGACGGGUGUGGAUGACCCGGAACGAGAUAAACCACGAGAGAACGAUGCGUCGCCAACUACCUUACCCAACUCCUCCGGCCAAGGCGACGGUGAGAUCAACUGCGUCAACAACAAUAACAUCUAUGGCUGCAAAACGGAUGAACAGCAGCUAGCCGGAGGCAGUACGCCCUCCGAGGCGGGGCUUCGAGACUGCGCCGGUACGAAGACGAGCUAGUGCGGCAGCUAAACAUGGACUGAAACUCACGGGAGCACAGAAUCUGAACGAUUGCGGCUGAGCCGGCAGUAGAAUAAGGGAAAUUAUGCACGUGGCCGGAUAUUGACAAGCCCAGUUGAACAGUCGCAAAUGACUUACAGCUUCGCUGCAAGGCUGGCAACUUGGCAACCGUUUUCCAUUGAUUGCAAUGGCGGGUGAGAAACGGAUGUUUAAUUUAUGAAACACAACGAUCGAACAAUUUAAGUAAUAAAGUUAACUAAUAAGUAGUGUCUAGUA